ACAGUGUUUCCCAAGCAAACGUCAGUCAAGUGACACUCCAGCAAUAUGGUCGCUAAUAAAUUUUUACUUUUGACAAUUUUAACCUACGUCUACGUGUCAAACGCUGAUAUUCUCCCGGAACCAAGCGAGCUGACAGGACCUGAACGAGAAGCUGCUAUUAAUAGAUUAUAUAUUGCACUGUAUGAAAUAUAUGUUGAUGAAGGUCCUGAAUACAGGGUGAUCAAAGUGAGUAAGAUUUUUAAUUUAAAAUCUCCUGGUUAUUCUGAGGAUACUUACGAUGUGGAUCUGGCUCUUGGAAGAAUUCCCAAGCAGUGUGUAGUCAAAAUGAGUAUCGAUACUCGAACGCCUUUGAGAAUAAUUAAAAAAAUUAAGAUCCUGUGUAAUGGUAAACUGGAAUUUCAGAAGAUCUAUUAAACCAGAAUAUUUGUCAUUUUUUUUGCUUUGUACAUUUUUACAUUUUUUACUGCAAAGAAAUUCUAUUAUUCAAAAUUUAAUAAUUACUUUGUACUUGUCAAGAUAG